AUGGACAACAGGAGCACAUGCGUAUCGAUAGGGAAGUUCCCAUUUGACUAUACAGAGGAGCAAGUGUUAGAGAUAGCGAGGUCAGUAGGGCCGGUUCUUGAUAUCAAGCUAUUAUUUGAUGAGUUAACGGGAAAAUCAAAAGGGUAUGCAAUUGUGAACUAUGGAGAUGUUGAGACGGCAGGCUCGGCUGUACGAAAUUUGAAUUAUACUUCCCUACCUAACGGGAGGUUUUUGAAAUGUGCCAUUGUGAAUGAUUAUGAGAUGAUUGGAGAUGAAGAUUCUGCUGUCAAGUUACCACCAUUACCAUUGGGAAUUCAAAUACACCCAAACCAGAAUGCAUCGCAAGUGAUAUCAAGUAUACUAUCGAACAUCGAUUCUAAUUCAGCGCUUCAGAUCUUGAAGGAGAUGAAAACCAUGAGCCAGGAGAAUCCCAAAGGUACCAAACUUCUUCUUGAGAGGUUCCCACAAUUAGCUUUGGCCAUAGUUGAAUUAGGUUUAUUAACUAAUACCACCAACCACGAGCUUAUAGAGUUGACAUUAAACAAGAAGCCAAUAGAAUUGAAGAGCUUGUCAGUCGAUCAUGUCAGUCUACUACAAUCAGUAUAUAAAUUGGCCGAUGAUCAAAUUAUUGAGUUGGAUGAAAGUCAACAGGAAAUUGUGAAACGAAUCAAAGUUGAAAUUGAGAAAGGAUCUUAUGGUGAGAUUUUGGAGAACAGUAUCAAACAAGGUUGA